GACGAGUUGACUUUUUAUCGAGCACUGGCCUGGCUUCUAUAAGUAGCUGAGAUCACCGAGGAUCCUAGCACACAAUAACGAAACCACCUCGACAUAUCUCUACUGAGUUCACUUCCUCUCUGAAAGUAUCAUCAUGAUUCAAUACAUUGUCUUGGCUGUCUUAAUCGGAUCAGCAUGCUCGGCACCAGCAGCGGAACCAAACCCUGCGCCUCAUCAUGGAACUCAUGAAGCUCAUGGAAUUCAAGCUCAUGGAACUCAAGCUCACGAAGCUCCAGCUCACGAAUCUCCAGCCCACGAACCAAUUGCAAUUGAAGCAGUCGAACAUGAAUUGAAUAACGCGCCAAUCAGUUCAGCACAUGAAGAGCAUCCGGGACAUCCUGGACACACCGGACACUCUGGACACAGCGAACAUGGAUCUGGACCCUCUCCAGUACCAGCGGCCAAGCAGCUUUUGAUUGCAGAGUACCCACUUUUGAAGACACCAGCUUCAACUGGCAAACUCACUCCAGUUGCUACUUCUUUCGUGGCACCAAUUCCACCCCUCACUUAUGCGGCAGCUCCUGCUGUGCUUACAUCGUAUCCCGCUUGGAGUGGACUCGCGGCUAUUCCUGCGACCUAUUCUAUUGAACAACAUGGUUAUCAUAUCACUUAUUAAUCGAACCGUCUGCUAAGUUGUUGCUUUACCAACGUUGAACAUUAUAUCAGAGCAGGAAUCCCAAGAAAGUCACUUGAAUUGAGUUGGUAAAGUUACAAAGCAUUCAAUUCAUUUUUCCUCUUAGCCAGGAAUCGAUAAUAUUGGUUCCUUCUUUACGCAUUGCUGUUUCUUUGUCAUUUAUCAUUUAUCAUUUUUCAUGUAUUUAAAAAAGUCAUGCGCAU